CGACGAGGAGGACGAGGACGAGGACAAGGACGAAGACGGAUAACAAGAGGACGACGACGACGACGACGACGACGACAAAGAUUGAUAAAAAAGCCGAUAACAGUAGUGUUGCUCUUAAAAGCGUCAAAGAUUUUGGCGUUUCCGCGCAUCUUUUCAAGUUACGUUUCGUUUGUGUCGAUCCAACCGUCGCCGUGCAGGACGAAGACGAAGACGAGGACGAUUCCGAUAAUUGGAAGGAAAAUAAUAAAGGAGAGGAGGCGACGAGUAAAAGAUAUUAUUAUUUCAUCGAGGACGCGCUGUGCUCCCGCGUUUCUCACCGCUACCAACGCUUUUAGCUUUCUUAUUAUUAUUCUUCUACGGUGUUGUGUGAGCCGCGAGCGCGCGCGCGCGCUAAAAAACAGUGUAAAUGGCGCUCUCAGCACAGAACCAGUCGACGUCCUACGUGAACUUGUACUACUCGAUCGUCCAGCGUGCGGCGACGCGAUAUUUUAAGGAAUACUACAAUUCCGAUACUGGCGCGCCUUACGUAUUGUACAAGGAUAACAUGGAGAGACCCCAAGGGCAAUGGGGCCCGGGGCCGGGAUCUCUCCAGGACGGAGGACUGUAUCCUCAACAGCAGCAACAGCAGCAGCAACAACAGCAGCAACAACAGCAGCAGCAGCAACAACAGCAGCAACAACAGCAGCAACAGCAGCAGCAGCAACAGCAGCAGCAACAGCAGCAACAGCAGCAAGGUUCCUCCUCGUCUGGUAGUCCACAGCAGGCCUGUGGUCCUCCCGUCGAAGGAGAAAACGGUCCUCCGCCCUCGUUGGCCUCCCCUGUGCCCUCCCCUUAUCCCUCGGCACCUCCCGAGCCUCAAGCCUUAACCCCGGCCGAGGACGAUAUACAAUCUAAUCAGACCACCUCUCAGCAACAACAACAACAACAGCAACAACAACAACAACAACAACAACAACAGCAGCAACAACAACAGACGCAACAACAGCAACAACAGGUUCAGCAACAGCAAGUCCAACAGCAACAGCAACAACAACAGCAACAACAAUCGCAACAGGACCACUCGCCGCAGCAACAAUUGACGCCGCACGAGGUGGAUCGUAGCGAUUGUUUUCCAGGUGCGGGGGAAUUGCAACAAUAUCCACAACAUUAUUUCAAAGAGGCAAGGCCUCACCCGUCACCGUCCGUCCCGCCACAUAUGCUAACGCCAGGCGGCUUUUCGGCGUUACAUUAUUUGAAGCAGCCCGGGGUGAUGCUGACGUCUCUUGGUCAGGGUGAUGGGGGACCCGGUGGUCUCGAAGCUCAUCAGUACGCGAGCCCGGGUGCGCCAAACAUGGCGACAGGUCUACCAGAUAUCGUACAACAAAGUGGGAAAUCGUCAAAGGGGGCUAACAGCGAUCUACGGCUCUUCAAAUGUCUUACAUGCGGCAAAGACUUUAAACAAAAGUCAACACUGCUACAGCACGAGCGGAUUCAUACGGACAGUCGGCCGUACGGAUGUCCAGAAUGCGGGAAGCGGUUCAGGCAGCAAUCGCAUCUUACCCAGCACCUGCGCAUACACGCGAACGAGAAGCCCUAUGCUUGCGUAUACUGCGAGCGUACGUUCCGACAGCGUGCCAUCCUCAACCAGCAUCUGCGCAUCCACUCGGGUGAGAAGCCAUACCAAUGUCCGGAGUGCGGAAAACACUUCCGUCAGAAGGCGAUCCUGAAUCAGCACGUCCGCACACACCAAGACGUGAGCCCGCAUCUUAUCUUCAAGAACGGGAUGACGCCGACCCUUUGGCCGCAAGACGUACCAUUUCCACCAGAGGAAGGGAAGGAGGAGGUAGCGUCGACCUUUGGCGACACGGACACGCAAUCGGGUGCGUUUAGUCCAGCGCCUGACGCUAAUUCAAUCCAGUAUCCGGCAUACUUCAAAGAUCCGAAAGGCGGUAAUCAUGCAGUGUUCGGUGCCGGUGGUUCCAGCAGUUUCGGCGCAUUGCAAUAUAUAAAACAACAAGGUGGUAGUAAGGGUUGUUUACCGGACGUUAUACAACACGGUCGUUCAGCGGGGAUGCCGCUUUACGUUCGUUGUCCGAUUUGUCAAAAGGAAUUUAAACAAAAAUCGACUCUCCUGCAGCACGGUUGCAUACACAUAGAGUCGAGACCGUAUCCGUGUCCGGAAUGCGGCAAAAGGUUCAGACAACAAUCACAUUUAACGCAACACUUGCGCAUUCAUACGAACGAAAAGCCAUACGGUUGCGUAUACUGCGGCCGUAAUUUUCGACAACGUACGAUAUUGAAUCAACAUUUGCGCAUACAUACGGGAGAGAAACCAUACAAGUGUCAACAGUGCGGCAAGGACUUUCGUCAAAAGGCGAUAUUGGAUCAGCACACGCGAACCCACCAAGGUGAUAGGCCAUUUUGCUGUCCGAUGCCGAAUUGUAGGCGACGUUUUGCGACAGAGCCGGAGGUUAAGAAGCACAUCGACAACCAUAUGAAUCCCCAUGCGGCGAAGGUGCGUAGGAACUCGAGCAGCGACGCGAAACCACCCGGUACGCCUACCGGUUUAGGACCCGUGCCGGUACCGCGCGGCCUAACACCAACUGUCGUCAAACCCGAGCUAUACUUUCCACAGUGUUACGCGCCCGCGUUCAAUCAUCAGCCGCCGGUAUCGACUGCACAGUUCCCCGGUCAGACGAACGGGGUAUCCGUGGCUGGCGAGUUCAAACCACCUAGCGGGCUCCCGCCACAGUGACUAACCGUCCAUCCUGCCGCCUACUAGCAAGCAGGAAUACCGCUGUCCUUUCAGCGAUCCUUUGCUCAUCAUCGCUUCGAGGCUGAACCAUCCACCGUCACCGCCGACCCCGUCGCCGCCGUCGUCGCCACCGCCUCAACCAUUGCCACCACCACCACCUCUAACGUCACCACAACCUCCAUCGACAGAUGCGGACAACAACAACAACAACAACAGCAACUGAUUCAGUAACGCAUUUCCUAAUAUCCUAACAGGAUCCAACGAAGAUCUAUAUCAACAUCUAAGAGAAAAUCUAUAAGAAGAUUUAGAUCUAUUUAAGAUCAAUCCUUCUUUUCCUCGACUAUCUUAUUUUCAUCUAUCCACCCACACCUAUUACCAACCAACCGUUCUCCCAUGUAUCAUGUCUAACCCUAAUUAUCACUCGUGUCGACCUUUCCUUUCGCAACCGAGUCACCGUCGGUUUUCUUUUUAAUAGAAGAAAGAUGACCAACGAUCGAUUAAUAAUCUCUCGUCUCUUCCUCCGUACGUACUUUGUUGUUUUUUUAUCUUUUUUUUUUUUUUUUUUUCAAUGUAUAUCUCGUUCGAAUUAUAAACAAAUAAAACGUGUCUCGUUUUUCUUUCAAUUUCGGGAUAUAAAUUCUAAAUUAUAUUUGAUAAAUGAGGACUCGUGAUGAAACACGCUAAUCAAAUAAAUAGGCUCGAGAGAACAUUGUUCGAUUUAUCGAUUAUGAUAUCGAUAUUUAACUUCUUGCCUAUGUUUCUCCAAAGAACAAUAUAUACAUAUAAAAAGAAAGAAAGAGAGAGAGAGUGGGAAUGAAUUUGGCAUGCAACAAAAAGUAAGGAUAAACAAGACCAUGAGAGACCCAGAAUACGCGUACACGUCUCCUGUAUAUAUCUUUGUAUGUAUAAACCGUUCUCUUUUUUAAGGAAGAGAGGAGAGAAAGAGAGAAAGAAAGAAAGAAAGAAAGAAAGAGAGAGAAAAGGAGAGAGCAAAAUCAUGCAACCAGAAAAGAUUGACGUAAUUCAGUAGCUUCGAAUGUGGCGUGAAUGUGAUGCUGUGCGAAAGACGUGAAUCUGACAUAGGAGAAUGAGAGAGAGAGAGAGAGAGAGAGAGAGAGAGAGAGGGAGGGGGUGUGUGACCCCCUACGUUAGGAAGAAAAAGAAAAUAGAUAAAGAAAAAUGACAAGAAAUUGAAAAAAAGGAAAGGUAAAGUGCAUAAGAGGACAAGAGGGGGAUUGGAUGACGAACGGAAGCAAAGGGUGUAAGAUUAGGUAGGAUUUAAGAGGACUACGUAUUCCCCCAACCCCAUACCCCCACCCAACCACCCACCACCCUUAACCCAUCAUCCUGUUCCUACCAAUACAUACAAUUAUAUCCCACAGUCACUUACACACAUAUUAUUACAAAUAAACAUGCAUUAAUUCAUGCAUUCAUUCAUUCAUUCAUUCAUUCAUUCAUUCAUUAAUACGUACAUUAUUACAUGCAUACACCAUACAUGUAAAAAAAAAAAAAAUAAGCGUGCGGAGCCAAUAGAAUUUUUCGGUAGGGCCGAUUUUGAACGAUGACGAUUUUUUGGUCUCGAGGAGGGGGGAAUAGAAGAGGUACAACAAAAACACACUUGUAUACUAUAAAAAUAUAAUAAUAAUAAUAAUUUGAAUGUAUAUUUAUACCGACGACAGGUUAUUAUUCUAACUAAUAUUGACGAUAUUUUGAAUCAGUUUUAAAAUCAGAUUGGUGCUGAUAUAUAAAGUAAGCAUAAAACGAAAAUGAGGAGGGAAACGUGGAAGUAAGGCUGAGACAUCUUAGAGUUAGAAUUUAAAUAGGGAUAGUCAAUAGGAGUAGAUCGUCGAAAUAUUAAAAUCAUUGAAAACACAUACAUAAACACACACAUACAUACAUACAUACAUACAUAUUACAUGUAAAGAAGAACACGUACAACGUUUUUAACAUGGAAAGGACUUAAUAAGAACACAAAAAACUACAAAAUGAUGACUAAAUGAUAAUCCCUUUUAAAAUAAAAUUGCAUGGGGAUAUUAAUGAAGGAAAGGAAAGAGAAAGGAAAGGAAAAAAAUCACCACCGGUAUAAAGAAAAAAAAAAAAAACAAAA